GGACAAAUGAAUGUAGCGGGAAUGCCAAGCUCUCCCGAUCUCCUCUGCCUUCUCUUCCAGAUCGAUCGCUCCAGAUGUCUUCCGCAUCUCUCCCAUGUCCGCAUGUCAUCUUCGCUUCCACGCUCCACUGCUCAGGUCAAAAUAUUUCCAGUGUCAUGCCUCAUGGAAGUCUACACAGACUCACUGGAGGGCAGAUUUUUGUUGGAGAAUGAUGACAGCGUACUUGCUGAGGCGUGAAGGUGGUGACAAACUUGAUGGAUGGUGGAAGAGCCGCCAUUGGUGGAGGCGCCGAUCUUGGAGGCCUGGAAACGCACAGGGCCGUUUGCGCAUCAGGGGAAUCGCAUAUGCGCAGCACAGGCCCCUGCGAACUCUUAAUAUGUUCAUUAAGGGUAUUUUUGUCCAAUUAGCUCUUUUUAGUCCUAUUUUUGUCUAAUAAAACAUAGUAGUCCUGUUUUUGCAAUUCUACCUUCAUUUAGUCCUAUUUAAGGAAUUCUCUCUUUUAAUUAUUG